AUGGCUUACAGAAGCAACCCCAGAAACCACCCAAACAAUCCAAUCCAUCCUGCAGAAUUUCUUCGUCUGCAAAGUGCUCUUGAGCACGGUCGCCACCAGAACAACUCUCUGAAAGUACAGUUGAACCGCGCCUUGUAUGAAAGAGAUCAAUCCCUGAAUGCAAAGCGCAGACACGUCUACAGUAUUUCCAACUUAAAAGAAGAAAUACUUAGACUGGAGCAGCUUCUGGAAAACAAAAACGGCAAACGGGCGGAACAGUUGGAAAACAUCCAGGACCUGGAGAACAGCGAGAUGGCAGAGACUCAGAAGAGGCUGCAGAUGCAGGUGAACCAACUGGAGCAGCAGGUGCAACAGAGGGACGCCCAGAUCAUGGUCCUCAGAGAGGAGAAAGACCAUCUCUCUCAACUGCUCGCAGCGGCCACAGACGGCGCUGAAGUUCUCAAGGCCAACUUCACAAAGGAGCUGGCCGAGAAGGAACAGAGCUGGGAGACCAGACUCAGACAGCUGGAGGAACUGGAAGAGCUCUGUUCCCUUUGGUCACGGAUGCCGAGGAAGGGGAGGCGUUCCCAGGCGGCGAAGCUGCGAUGGAGGAAGCUCGACCAGGCAGAGUCCCCACCGGAUGGUGGGUCAAGGACCAUGGAGACCCAACCCCCCUGCUCCCGAUCUCCAGUUAACAGCAUCUUUGGAACAUCACUCCCAGGUGCACAGUUCUGGAGAUUGGAUGAUGUGCGUGCCGACUUUCGUGCACGCCGCGGUACUGGCUACCGCCACAGAGUGCUGCCAUGGCCAGUUUCAGCCUUCACUGGGCACAGACACAAAUUGGUCAUGCCACCUGAGUCUCCUGACAAGAAGUUUGUUCUGAUUGUCGGAGACUCCCAUCUACGAGCCAUUGUAGAUGGUUUGGUCCAGAUGCCAGAGGAACCCUUUUCCUUUGGCUUCAUGUCGACCCCAGGGGCUGCUGCCUCUGCCCUGCGGACCGAGGUGCUGAAUGCUGUGGUUCCUCGGAUCCCUGACGCCGUUUGUCUUCUGGCGCCUAGCAACAACCUGACAGCCAGCAGGACCAUCGAGGAGGCUGCCGCCGACUACACCAAGCUCCUCAUCGGCAUUCGCAGCCGCUGGCCCAACGUUUUUGUUGUUGACUUCCCUCCCCGCCUGAACUGUGAAGUGUCUUACCAGGACCUCCUUCGUCAGGAAUACCACCGUGUUUCAGCACGCAUGGGUGUGCGGUACUUCUCAGCUGUGGAGUACUUCCCCCAUGACCGGCUGCAGCUGUGGAGCAGUGAUGGUGUCCAUCUGAGCGAUCAUGAUGGGAUGGGGAUCCUCAUCCAUUUGCUGUGGUCAGCCACCAUGCAGCAACUGGAGACACCACCACCAGCACCCCAGGUCUCUCCCAGGCCUUCACCACCAGUUAGGAAAUUCUCUCCUAAACUGGUUGUGAGGGGAGAGGCCCCCGCUCCACGGUCACCUGACCCCUUUCAGUGGCAGCCAGCCAGUCAUUGCCGCAAGACGAGCCAGCCUGGUGAACCUUCCAAGUCCAAGGGUUCAGCCCAGACCAGGAUGGCUCAGCAGCAGGUGGAGGAGUGCUUCUUUCCACUGAACCCAGUCUGGUUCAGCAGCACAGCAUUAAGUGCUAUGGAGGAAGUGUCUCCUUCUCAUCUGUCUUGCCCAGUGGACUGCCAGACCCCUCCAAAGCACAAGAAGGUGGCCAGACAACCUGAGGCCACAGCCAGACCCCACCGCAGGUCUCCAGUGAGCAACCUGGUUCGAUCACCCCCAACCAGAAUGUCCUUGAGUGUGGGUGAUGCAGCAACCCCCUGCUGUUCACCGGCUGCAAAGGUGGCCAGGAUCAAGACACCUUCUCCAACCGUGCCAUCCUGGACCAUUACAGACACAGGCUGCGACCCCCCCUCCCCAGCGAAGGCGGCCCAAUCACCGAUUCCCUCAUCAGCUAGCUGGCCCUGGUUUAACUGUGAUGCACCCUCCACCUCUCGUUCCCCAGCUAAUGAACGGAGGAUGCCAGCCCCAGCAGAGGAGAUGCAGACCAAGCUGCUGAUGCCAACCACAACCAUCAACAAGAUAAUUAUCUCUCCUUCUUUUUCUUGA